AUGGACAGAGAAGGAGGAGCAGGCGAGACGUGGAGCCGGCUACUACCUCAACUGAAUGGUAAGUGUAUCCUUCUAAUUAGAUAUGGCUUACUGUGCAAUCAAUAUGACGGCUAAAGAGGGAAAGAUUGUGUGUGGAUGUAGGGGGAUGUUUGUGAAUCAUAGGAAACUUGAUGAGAAACAAAACGCGCUUAGAGAGAGUAUUGAGUCCUCACAGUGAUACGUAUAUAAUGACGAGAUGGUCAAGUCUCAUGUCUAACAAUGGGAUUCACUGUCCUCAGAGAGGAAGAGGCAGGAGAGAUGAGGCGAGACCAUGUGGGACCAUUCUAGCCAAUGAGAAGGAAGAUAUUGUGUGAACAACAGGCAGAACUCCGAUAUAAAAUAGUUUUUCUCAAAGUUGCCGUUAUGCCACGUGUGUGUACUUAUAUCAGUACAUUCGUAACAACCUAAACAUCACAGAACUUCUAUUCAAUCAAAUAAUCCUCACGUAGCAAAUAAGCCAUUACAUUUUUUGUUGACCAAAUUUGACACUCUCAUUGACCUCCAUACAAAAAUUACUCGCUUGAUGGGCUAAAAAACAAAAAAAUGCCACCUGCUGGAGGAGACAGAUUGUGGACCGAGUUACCCCUCUCGCUUCACCUUUUCCUCAUCUUUCAAUUCAGUCCCUAAUCGCAUUUCUAAUAGUUUUGCCUGAUUAUUAUUCUGAUAGUUGCUAUGUCAACUCCUGUAUCUUAUGUAGAAUUUGUCCUGCUGCUCAAUGUCUUAGGCUGCAUUUACAUAGACAGCAUUUACACAGACAGCCCAACUCUGAUUUUUUGGCAAAAUAUCAGAACGGGUCUGCCUGUUUAAACACAGCCUUACAGACACAGGUGUCAUCAGGGGCCGCAUUUGCUCAUUUGUACUUGAUCAUCUUUUGGUAUCCAUGAAGGUGAGCAUGUCAAAAGAAUGAGAGGGAAAAUGAUAGAAAUUACUUUAAAAAGAGUGGAAUUGUCUAUGAUUCAAAAUGGUCAAUUAAUAAUAUUUCUGGUGAAAAUGUCACAGUUUCCAAUACUUGCCAGAGUGAAAGUGUAAAGUAGGUUAAAGUAGCUGUCCCAUGAAAAUGUCAGUUUUAAAAUCUCAUUCUGUUAACUCAUACCCAAAUAAUGUUGUUGACCUGUCCUUUAUUUGUAGUUCUGGCCAAAGCAUAAAUUUGACAAAACCACUGUUUCAAAACAUUUAUUGAAAUCUGCUUGCAACAUGACAUCAUGUUCUUUGUUUAGAAGCAGUUAGCUAGCAUGCUAGCAAUCGUGGCAAACUUAGCUAUACUGAACAAAAAUAUAAACGCAACAUGUAAAGUGUUGGUCCCAUGUUUCAUGAGCUGAAAUAAAAAAAUAAACAUUUUUCAUAUGCACUAAAAGCUUAUUUAUCUCAAAUUUUGAGCACAAAUUUGUUUACAUCCCUGUUAGUGAGCAUUUCUCCACGUGUAACCACACCAGCCCAGGACCUCCACAUACGGCUUCUUCACAUGGAUGAGACCAGCCACCUGGACAGCUGAUGAAACUGUGGGUUUGCACAAUCGAAUAAUUUCUGCACAAACUGUCAGAAACGGUCUCAGGGAAGCUCAUCUGCAUGCUCGUCGUCCUCACCAGGGUCGUGACCUGACUGCAGUUCAGCGUCGUAACCGACUUCAGUGGGCAAAUGCUCACCUUCGAUGGCCACUGGCACGCUGGAAAAGUGUGCUCUUCACGGAUGAAUCCCGGUUUCAACUGUACCGGGCAGAUGGCAGACAGCGUGUAUGGCGUCAUGUCGGUGAGCGGUUUGCUCAUGUCAACGUUGUGAACAGAGUGCCCAAUGGUGGCGGUGGGGUUAUGGUAUAGGCAGGCAUAACCUAAGGCCAAUGAACACAAUUGCAUUUUAUCGAUGGCAAUUUGAAUGCACAGAGAUACCUUGAUGCCAUCACCUCAUGUUUCAGCAUGAUAAUGCACGCUCCCAUGUUGCAAGGAUCUGUGUACACAAUUCCUGGAAGCUGAAAAUGUACCAGUUCUUCCAUGGCCUGCAUACUCACCAGACAUGUCACCCAUUGAGCAUGUUUGGGAUGCUCUGGAUCAACGUGUACGACAGCGUGUUCCAGUUCCCGCCAAUAUCCAGCAACUUCGCACAACCAUUGAAGAGGAGUGGUACAACAUUCCACAGGCCACAAUUAACAGUCUGAUGAACUCAAUGCGAAGGAGAUGUGUCACGCUGCAUGAGGCAAAUGGUGGUCACACCAGAUACUGACUGGUUUUCUGAUCCACGCCCCAACCUUUUUUAAGGUAUCUGUGACCAACAGAUGCAUAUCUGUAUUCCUACUCAUGUGAAAUCCAUAUAUUAGGGCCUAUAUUUAUUUUAUUUCAAUUGACUGAUAUGAUUUCCUUAUAUGAACUGUAACUCACUAAAAUCUUUGUAAUUGUUGCAUGUUGAGUUUACAUUUUUGUUCAGUGUAGCUGGCUAGCCAAAAAGAAAGCAAGUCAAGGCAGAUCCUCCACACAGCCAUCUCGCCAUUACCUUCUAUUUCAAAUCCUGUGGCUAAAAGUUGGAUGUCAAGAGGAAACCUAUUUAGCGGUUGUUGACUACCAAAAUAAAGGAAACACUUUAGUAAAUGAGGGAUACAAAGUAUAUUGAAAGCAGCUGCUUCCACACAGGUGUGGUUCCUGAGUUAAUUAAGCAAUUCAAACAUACCAUCAUCAAAUAAAAUAAAAUAGUAUUUGUCACAUGCGCUGAAUACAACCUUACAGUGAAAUGAUUACUUACAAGCCCUUAACCAACAAUGCAGUUGAAGAAAGAGUUAAUAAAAUAUUUACUAAAUAAACUAAAGUAAAACAAAUAAUUUACAAAAUAAAUGAAAAGUAACACAAUAAAAUAACAAUAACGAGGCUAUGGGGGUACUGGUAUCGAGUCAAUGUGCGGGGGUACAGGUUAGUCGAGGUAAUUUGUACAUGUAGGAAGGGGUAAAGUGACUAUGCAUAGAUACAGUGCCUUGCAAAAGUAUUCAUCCCCCUCUGCGUUUUUCCUAUUUUGUUGCAUUACAACCUGUAAUUUAAAUGGAUUUUUAUUUGGAUUUCAUGUAAUGGACAUACACAAAAUAGUCCAAAUUGGUGAAGUGAAAUGAAAAAAAUAACUUGUUUAAAACAAUUUGAAUAAAUAAAUAACGGAAAAGUGGUGCAUGCAUAUGUAUUCACCCCCUUUGCUAUGAAGCCCCUAAAUAAGAUCUGGUGCAACCAAUUCCCUUCAGAAGUCACAUAAUUAGUUAAAUAAAGUCCACCUGUGUACAAUCUAAGUGUCACAUGAUCUCAGUAUAUAUACACCUGUUCUGAAAGGCCCCAGAGUCUGCAACACCACUAAGCAAGGGGCACCACCAAGCAAGCGGCACCAUGAAGACCAAGGAGCUCUCCAAACAGGUCAGGGACAAAGUUGUGGAGAAGUGCAGAUCAGAAACUUUGAAAAUCCCACGGAGCACCAUUAAAUCCAUGAUUAAUAAAUGGAAAGAAUAUGGCACCACAACAAACCUGCCAAGAGAGGGCCACCCACCAAAACGCAUGGACCAGGCAAGGAGGGCAUUAAUCAGAGAGGCAACAAAGAGACCAAAGAUAACCCUGAAGGAGCUGCAAAGCUCCACAGCGGACAUUGGAGUGUCUGUCCAUAGGACCACUUUAAGCCGUACACUCCACAGAGCUGGGCUUUACAGAAGAGUGGCCAGAAAAUAGCCAUUGCAUGAAUAAAAAAAUAAGCAAACACGUUUGGUGUUCACCAAAAGGCAUGUGGGAGACUCCCCAAACAUAUGGAAGAAAGUACUCUUGUCAGAUGAGACUAAAAUUGAGCUUCAUCGGCAGGGACUGGGAAACUUGUCAGAAUUUAAUGAAUGAUGGAUGGAGCUAAAUACAGGCACAUUCUUGAGUGAAACCUGUUUCAGUCUUCCAGAGAUUUGAGACUGGGACGGAGGUUCACCUUCCAGCAGGACAAUGACACUAAGCAUACUGCUAAAGCAACACUCGAGUGGUUUAAGGGGAAACAUUUAAAUGUCUUGGAAUGGCCUAGUCAAAGCCCAGACCUCAAUCCAAUUGAGAAUCUAUGGUUUGACUUAAAGAUUGCUGUAUACCAGCGGAACCCAUCCAACUUGAAGGAGCUGGAACAGUUUUGCCUUGAAGAAUGGGCAAAAAAUCAAAUGAUACAAACCCCCCAAAAAUCAAUUUUAAUUCCAGGUUGUAAGGCAACAAAAUAGGAAAAUUGCCAAGGGGGGUGAAUACUUUCGCAAGCCACAGUAUCACACUCAACAGUUUCCCGUGUGUAUCAAAAAUGGUCCACCACCCAAAGGACAUCCAGCCAACUUGACACAACUGUGGGAAGCAUUGGAGUCAACAUGGGUCAGCAUCCCUGUGGAAUGCUUUCGACACCUUGUAGAGUCCAUACCCCGACGUAUUGAGGCUGUUCUGAGGGCAAAAGGGGGUGCAACUCAAUAUUAGUAUUAGUAUUAGUAAUAUUUCGUACACUCAGUGUAGAUCAAAACACUUCCAUCAACUGUUGGAAUCAUAGAAAUAGAAUGAUUAUUCUAAUUAUAUGGUUGGUGCUAUUUGGCAUGACAACAAAUGAAAAAGCCAGGUAGCAGUUAUGACAGGGUAGGAACCAAAGUGUUGGUCAGUGUUUCCCAGGGGACCAGGGGACCCUAAUCACAUUUGAAUAGAUGUUACAUUUAAACAAAGAUUUUAAAAUAGGCUAUUUGAUUCAGAACAUGCCAUGGCACAAACAAUGCUGAUCUACACCACCACUGGUAGCAACCUGUAUUAGAGGUAACGUUUGCUUUGUCCCAGAUAGUGCAUUUAGCUAAAUGGCAUUUAGCUAGCCAGCCAUAAUAGCAAUUAGCAUUAUGUUUGGCUCAUGUCAGCUUCCUUAGAUUAACUAACUCACGUUUUGCAGAGAGAAAUAUACAGAAACUAAUAGUAGCCUAUAGAGAAAACAUGUGGAUUUACAUUUGCAAGCAACGUGGAAAGCACCAUCAUUCUUGUUUUGUAAGAAUCUGUUGUGCAUGAAUUGACAGCAUGCUGAGAUAAUAAACAGCAUGGAGGAACUGUGUGCAGUCGUCACUAUUUACCAGAGCACAGUCUUAAACCCUGCCUAUUUCUACAAUUUCUCAUCUUAAAAUGUAAUUUUGAACCUAACCUUAACCCUAACCUUAACCACAAUGCUAACCUUAUGGCUAACCCUAACCUUAAAUUAACACCAGAAACUGCAUUUUUGUUUUCAUGAUUUUUUACGAUAUAGCCAAUUUUGACUUUUGGCUGUGUUAACUAGUGAUAACCCGGGGAGAGAGGAGUUAUGCAAUUGAGUAACAAUUAUUUAGUAACGAUUAUUAUAUAAUCUCCCCAGAGCAUCAGUGUACUUUCAUCCACCCUGCAUCCAAACCCACAGAUCAACAAUCUGCCUCGGAGGCUGCAGACAAACUCCCAUUGCAAUCUCCCCAUGUUACCUGUAAUUAGUCUGACCCACAUACAGACACACACAGCAGCGUUAGGGGAAAUAGAAAUACACAAGGUGGGAGGUUAUUUAACAGUAGCGGGAGUGAAAAUGCCACAAACACACACAUUCAUGAAUGCACGUACACGUGCAUGUACGCAACAACAAAUACAUAAACACACACACUACUAGUGGGAAGGGGCUCAGUAGGACUUCUUCUUUAAUAAAUAAAUCACCAGAAACAGUGAAGAAUCACUGAUACAGACCGAGCAACUGUAUCUAUGCUGCAGCCUAGUAGCAUCUGUAUCUGCUAUAUGGCAGCCAUAGAAAUAUAAUUACCAGUCCAACCAUUAUGGCAUAAUUGGCUUGAAUGGGAAUGUCCCUUCUAGUAAUUAUAUUUCUAUGAUGGCAGCCACUUAGAUGCUAAUAUGAUAUUGUCACACACAACGCAAUUAGCGUUUAAUUGAUGCCUUGAAGCACUUUACACAAUGUAUCAAAUGACUAAUGCAUGCGUGGUAAUUGCUAUUAUAUGGCAAAUCAUGAAGGGAAUACUUUUAGAUUGCUAUUAAUUAAGAGGGUAACUAUCUUAGGGUGGAUAGAAACUGUCACAAAGUGGGAUCAAAGAGCAAAGUUGUGUUUAUUAGGCACCAAAUAGAUUUUUAUUUCUCUGAAAAUAGGGAGGGACAAGAUGGACUUGACCAAUAAGAAAUGCUCAUUUUUAUUUGCCGUUUCAAAACACUUCAACAUGGUGUGCCCUACUGAACAUGGCCCUGAUGUCUUCGAUUAGAACAUCUCUUUAUUAGGACACGUUUGUCAUGCAGCACUAUGCAUCAUAUGACGGUGACUGAUGUUGUUUGUACCCGGGUGAUGUUUGUUCCUCGAUUUUCCGUGUGUGUGUACGUGCCUGCACACAGCUCCCUGGGUAUUCUCGUCACUGAUCAGCUCAUUCAGCAUUCAGACAGUAGAACAACCCAAUGACAUCCUAGCCUCAAUACAACCAAAGUCACUACUCACUGUUCCUCACUAUCCCUACCAAAAAGUAUAACACACACAUACACACACACGCGUGUGCGCCACACACAUGCGUAUGCGCCACACACAUUCACACACACACAUAUGAAUAUACAUGCACUCACACACUCUCAUUGACUAAUGUAUCUUGCGGUCAGACGUUUCUAAGUGUAAUAAAGCGGCUGUGAGACUGGCCAGGUUAGUGUAUCUUAGCAACAGAGGGGCAUCUCGAUUCUCCUAGCCUCCAGCAGACCACUGAAGCCAUGAGUUCUCAGCUCUCGGCGCUCAGAGCGCGAGAGUCUCAGAGUCGGAGAGAGAGAGGCGAGAGAGGCAGAGCGCGUCGAAUCUCGGAGCAGAAUAGGAGCGGAGUAUCUGCUAUAUUCUAGCUAUAGAGGAGCCUAGAUAUCUAUUUCGCUCAGACUCUCUCGUCUCUCUCUCUCUCUCUCAUCUCUCUCUCUCUCUCUCUCUCUCUCUCUCUCUCUCUCUCUCUCUCUCUCUCUCUCUCUCUCAGCCCAGGGAGGAGUGAAGGACGCUUAGAACACCACAGCAAGGUAAAGGGAACCAUUUAGAUCAGUCACUUAGACAGUUACAACACCAGAUAUAAGACCAUUAGAUCUCUCAGAGAUGGGGAUGAAAUUCAGCACGUUCCAAAUGAGGUCCAUUGGAGGUUGUGAUCAGAGGACAGUCAGUCAUAUUUGCGUCAGCGCUAAACGGUUUUGUACUGGGUGAGGUAAUGUCUUAUCUCCUCUUUCCUCAUUGCAGCUUGACGGUGUCCUACCUGAAGGUGUGACCAACGUCUACUGUCUGUGACUCUCCUGGCCACCAUCCCAGAUCCACCAUCCAUCCUUUCUCUCUGAACAAGGACAACCUACACCACAGGACGACCUACAUAACCACCAUCACUUAGAGGGGAACGUCCAGAACUACAUUACCCAGAAAUCCCCCAGAACUCUGUUAACCAGAAGCCCAUCCAGAACCCCAUUACCCAGCAGCAACAUGCAAACCCCUGCCUCCAUGGUGAUGGGCAUCGUGUUCGCCCCUCUGGGCCUGGUGCUGGUCUUCAUGGCAGCCAUCACGCCCCAGUGGAGGGAGGGGCAGACCCAGCUGGUGGGCGUGGCUGGGGCUGAGCCCCGCCUCCUCCUGCGCACCGAUGGCCUAUGGGAGAGCUGCUUGCAGGUGGCCCACUCGGAGCUGAAGCAGUGCUGGCCAGUAGAAGGCGCCUACCAGAGCGACCCACAGGUGAGGCUGGCGCAAGGCCUUGUGCUCAGCUCCUUGUUCCUGUGUGGUGCGGGCAUCAUGCUGGCCAGUGUGGGGGUGAGGUGCUGGACCGACCUGCCCCUGAGAAGCGUGGCGGUGGCCGGAGGCCUGCUAGUGGUGCUGUCAGGCCUGCUGAGUUUAACCGCACUGGGGGUGUACACACACAACCUGGGAAUACUGGGGAUGGAGCAGACACCCCCCCACAGACCUCAUCAUAGGCUGCCCCAGCUCACUCUGCACCCGGCCGGGUCGCUCUACUUCGGCUGGGUGGGGGGAUGUGUACAGGUGCUGGGGGGGAUGGCUCUGCUGCUCAGCUUCAAGAUUCGGCCCAGAUGUCCUUCCUUUACCGCCUGCUCACAGCUGAAGAACAAGCAGGACACAGAGGUGUACGACGUCAGCUGCUAG